AGCUGAUGGGUUAUUUUUGGAUAAGAUUUCGUUACUUUAGUUUGGAUAACAUUAAUAAGAUAAGAAUCACAGUAGAUUAAGAAAGUAUAACAGAAACUUUUUUACUAAUUCCGCUUGGCGAAAUAUUACACUAUAAAUAAAUAAAAUAUAACCCCAUUUGUUUGUAGGCCUAAUUUAACUGGUAAAGUGUGGUUCGUAACAAAACUUUGAGUAACCGGCGACAUUAAUUCAUUGGAAAAGUAGGCGUUUUGCAGCACCGAUUAUCUCAGCACUGAUUCAUCAAGAUGGUGACAGUAGAACAACUUCCAGACGAUAUGGUUGAGAACAUAUUCAGCAGACUGCCCUCAGAAUCCGUGGUGCAAUGUGAACUAGUUUGUAAGAAUUGGAGGCUGUUGGCCUGGUCUUCUCUCUUUCUGAGAUUGCACUUGCAAAGGGCCAAAUCCACUCCCAUCAUUUAUGCCACGUUUUAUACGCCGUGUGAACCGUUGCGAAAGGAAACAUUAUGCCUCUACGAUGAUGAUCAUCCCGAAGUGGAAUGGAAGAUCAAGAAUGUGAGGCUCUGGAUGGAGACGAUGGCGAAUGGUUCUUCUUCGCUGUAUAAUUUCAGGACACUUCAUUCUUCUUGUGGUGGAUUUCUCCUGUUCGUUGACACAACCGGACAGCGCUUACAUCUUGUGAAUCCUCUGACAGACCAAAGGGAUACCAUCUAUUGUCCUAAUCACCCAGGUUUUGUGUGUGGUUUCUUUUAUCAUCUGAGGACCAAUGAGUUUAAGGUUCUUUAUGCAAAGGAGUCGUCAGGUGAUGUCAAUGAAUCAUCCCUCAGUUAUUGCAUUUACACUUUUGGAGCUGCCAAAGAAUGGAGAACAUUGGAGGCAGUGCCGCCUUUCCCUUAUGCACCUAGUCGUUCUAGGAGCACCCCUGCCACCUGUAACGGCAACCUGCAUUGGAUCGUGAGUCAGUUUCGCGAGGGUGGUUCAGCCAACACGCCUCCUUCUUGCUCGUUUAAGAUCUUGACUUUUGAGAUGGACGCGGAAAGAUUUUCGUGGUUGUCUUAUCCAGGCGAUGAAUGCAAGCAUGAUAAAGCGUGUCAGCUCGAGCUAAUGAGCUUGUUAGUAGUGAAGGAGGAUGAGGAUGAGCAAUUAGCCUUUUGCAAAGUGGAUUCUUCUGGACUAACUAUUGACAUCUGGAUAUUGGAAAAUUAUGCAACAAAGCAUUGGGUUAAAAAAUGGAGGGUUGACCUAGGGUGCGCGAUCCCGGGGAGUCGGGACUUGAUGCAUCGGGUGGAAGCCUUACAAAUAUACAAAGAGGAGUUGUGGUUGGAUUGCAGGGAGUUGGGAGUGUUUGUUGUGUAUCAUCUCCAAAAAAAUACGGUCAGAAUACUUGGAGAACCGUUCAAGAGUCGUAUGGAUCAGAUUGCAGGGUUAUCUUGUCUAGAGUACAAUCAUCACAAAUGUGUUCCCUAUGUUAGGACUCAUUUGCCUUUAGUUUUCGAGUCCACAUUGUAAAUCAUUCUUAGCAAAGUCCUCUGAUACAUGUUGCGUCUCUUUUCUUGUCGAAG